AUGACUUAUAUUAUGUCUUUAUUAUUAAUUGGUUUAGUGUUAGGGUUAGUUGCGGUUGCUUCUAAUCCUUCUCCCUAUUUUGCUGCUUUGGGGUUGGUAGUAGUGGCAGGAAUGGGGUGUGGUGUGUUAGUAGGACACGGGGGGCCUUUUUUAUCUCUGGUACUCUUUUUAAUUUAUUUGGGUGGCAUAUUAGUUGUGUUUGCGUACUCGGCGGCUUUGGCCGCCGAGCCUUACCCCGAAAGCUGGGGUAGUCGACCUGUUGCAGCUUACAUGGUGCUGUACGCGGUGGCGGUAGGGGUAGUGUCUGGGUUUUUCUGGGGCGGAUGAUAUGAAGCUUCUUGGGUGAGCGUCGAUGAAUUUGGGGGGUUUUUAGUAGUCCGGGGGGAUGUAGGGGGAGUUGCUUUAAUAUAUUCGGCAGGUGGAGGAAUAUUAGUUAUUGGUGCUUGGGUUUUGUUAUUAACUUUAUUUGUGGUGUUAGAGUUGACGCGGGGACUUAGUCGAGGGGCGCUUCGGGUGGUUUAA